AGAAGAAGAAUACAAAGUUUGAAGACAGAGUUGGUAGAGUUGAGGGCUAAUGUGGUUUCAAGAGUGCAGGACGGGUGGAUAUUGGAGCAGCGUUAUACUCGAUUGUUGGAUGAAAGAAAUAGUUUAAGGGUAAGAUUAGCAAAUGAUGAGGAGGAAUUAAGAAGGUUAAGGGUGGAGGAAAGAAGAAGGGAGGGAAAUAAUAGUAAUAGAAAUAGAAUGUCAG